AUGUUCUCGCCCUCAAUAUACACCGUCAGCAUAUUCCAGCUUGGGCUCACCUCCGCCCUCAGCGCCUACGGCCUCUACCUCUCCUACCAAAACAUAACCCGCCUACAGCAGUACGAAGAAAAGAGCGAAAAGGCUGCAGAAUGGUCAAACACGGCUGCGCAAAGACUGCAUAAGACCAGGUCAACACAGACCAGCGGCACUGUGACACUACUACUUAGUUUCCUUACCUCCACCGCUCUCGUCAUAAUCCCCAGCCUCGCAACCACGAAAUUACUCAUCUGCGCUGGCGUUGCAAAUGCUGCAGCUGCAUAUCUCUCCCGUGUGCAUAUGGCAAACUUCUGGAACGACAAAAACCAGACCAAAAUCCCGUUUGUCGAAAAAUUCAAUGAAGCGAUACGAGGAAGCGAGCUCGUGGUACUGCUACUCGGUACGUUAAAUUUGGCAUGGGCGGUUGCAGGAGGAGUAUGGACGGGUAUGGCUAAUGGCGGAUCGGGAAUACUGGGUCUGGGCGUUUGGGGAUUGGUUGUUGGUGGAAGAGUCAUGUCUAUUGCGCCGCAAAUGGGAUGGACGAGUAGUGUGUAA